AUGCCCGUCUCUUCGAACUAUCCCGACAUUGACAUUCCCAACGUCGGCCUUUGGGAUUUUUUGUUUGAAAGGAAAGACCGGCCUUUUCCCGAUGAUAAGAGUAGUUUGAAAGAUUCAUCAGUAGAAUUUGGAAAGGGUCUCAAGGCAAUCUUUAACUGGCGCAAGAAGGAAGUCCUAGCCAUAUUCUCACCCAAUAGCAUUGAUACGCCCGCAAUCACUUGGGGUACCCUUUGGGCUGGCGGCAUCAUCUCUCCAGCAAAUCCAGCCUACACAGUCAAUGAGCUUGCUUUCCAGUUGAAGAAUUCAGGUUCAAAGGCUAUUGUGACACAUGCCUCGGUAUUGUCCAUUGCUGUGCAGGCAGCAAAGAAAGUUGGCAUCCCGGAGGACCACAUCAUCCUUCUGGGCGACCAGCGCGACCCGAAAGCUCGCUAUAGGCACUUUACCUCUAUUCGGAACAUAUCACGCAGCUCUCGGUACCAGAAGCAGAAAGUCAAGCCCGAUUCAGAUUUGGCCUUUUUGGUUUACUCCUCUGGGACUACUGGUGUGCCUAAGGGCGUGAUGCUAUCGCAUAAGAAUAUCAUUGCCAACGUCUUGCAAUUUGCCAGUGCUGAAGGCAGACAUUUGACCUGGAAUGGAGGCUUUGAGGGAAAGGGUGAUUGUGUAUUGGCAUUCCUCCCAUUUUAUCAUAUCUACGGAUUGACUUGCCUCGUUACAACGGCAUUUUAUCAAGGAUGGCAUCUUGUCGUGAUGGCGAAGUUCGAGAUUGAGAAAUGGUGCGCACAUGUACAAAACUAUCAUGUCACAUUUAGCUAUAUCGUGCCUCCAGUCGCUCUACAGCUGAGCAAGCACCCUGUAGUCGAUAAGUACGACCUAUCAAGUUUACGCAUGAUGAACUGCGGUGCAGCACCCCUUACACAAGAGCUAGUGGAGGCCGUAUACUCUCGCAUCAAAGUCGGCAUCAAGCAGGCCUAUGGGCUUAGUGAGACCAGUCCCACCACGCACUCACAGCAGUGGGAGGAUUGGCGUGACUACAUUGGCUCAGUUGGCCAGUUACUCUCGAACCAGGAGGCCAAGUUCAUGACCUCGCCUGAGGAUGAGUCUGCGCCUGAAGAAGUUGAAGUAGGAGAUGUUGGGGAGCUCUACGUUCGCGGCCCUAACGUCUUCCUGGGCUAUCACCAGAAUCCGACAGCGACUAGGGACUGUCUAUCAGAGGAUGGCUGGUUCCGCACUGGCGAUGUUGGCUACUUAGAUCCCAAGGGCAAUUUCUUCAUUACAGAUCGUGUGAAGGAGCUUAUCAAAUACAAGGGAUUCCAGGUGCCCCCGGCUGAGCUGGAAGGAAUCCUAGUGGAUAACGACGCAAUUGACGAUGUGGCUGUCAUUGGUAUCGAGAGCGAGGCACACGGAUCCGAAGUACCAUUGGCAUGUGUUGUUCGCAGUGCUGCGAGUAAAUCAUCUGGCAUUAGUGAAAAGGAGGAAGCGGCCAAUAUCGUCAAGUGGAUAGACAGCAAAGUUGCCCAUCACAAGCGUAUGCGUGGUGGUGUAUAUUUCGUGCCAGAGAUUCCCAAGACACCAAGCGGGAAGAUCUUGCGCCGGAUUCUCAAGCAGAAGUUGAAAGAAGGGUCCAAGGCGUUUAAAGCAAAGUUAUAG